AUGAUUUCGUUAGAUGUAUUUGCCGAAAAACGAAUCCUGAUUGCUGCAACAAAGCUAGAUGACUUGAAGUUACUCUACAGUGAUAAUGAUGAAUCAAAUGCAGACAGCAAUGAUGAAGUCACAUUAACCCUUGAAGAGCGUAUUCAUAGUGUAAAGAAGAUUAUCAAGCGUCAGUGCAACAAUUUAAAUGUGUCUAUUCCAGAUGAUUGCAUUAUCCCUUUGUGUGCCACUGGAGCUCUUGAGGCAAGGAAAGAAAAACUAGGAGGAAAGAGGAAUAAAGAAAUGAAAAAAUUGUUGAUAGAGUUGGAUGUAUCAACUGCAGAAGACCUAGAAGAAGCUAGUCAGGUAUCAUUAUUGGAAGAAAAACUUAUUGAAAUUGCUGGUAAUUCUCAUUAUUUAUGGCACUACAACAUUGUGAGGGAUUGUACUAGAUACUUGGACCAA